AUGUACCGGCGGAUAACAAGUGGAAGAUAUCAACAUCUUGCACCACCAUCGAAAGUGGCUACAGAAAAGCGUCUUCGCUUUUCUGGUCAUGUAAUAAGGAGACCAGCAGAUCGCCUUGUUCAAGGAUCAGUAACUCAUUUAUAUACCCAACCUGAACGUCCGGCUAAAGCCGGACUUCAGACUUUGUGUGGUGUUCGCUUCGCUCCUCCUUAA